UCGAUCCUUGCAAGUGUGCGCCCAUGCUUUUCAUAUAGGGUAAACAUACAGACCCCGUUAAACAGGACUGGACUUUUUAAAUGUAAGACACGAUGCACAUUUGUUGAGAUUAAAUGUGUUUGCCCGAGACACGCACCAAUACUCAAUGUUGACGAAGACUGGCUCUGAAAUUCCUAGACGGGAAAAUAAGAGACACAGAGCAAAGAGCGCAAGCCGCGUUUGACAGGUGCCAUCGUUCGGCUCUGUGGGCUACGGUGUUGGGGAGAUGCCGCCUGUUCAAAGAAAUGUGUCCGACCUCCGGUCCCGCGUGGAAGGCUAUGAGAAAACGGAAGAUGGAUCUGAGAAGACCUCUUUAGCUGACCAGGAGGAUGCCAGACUCAUUUACAUCAGUCAGCCUCAGUUCACCAAAUUCUGCUCCAACCGAGUCAGUACUGCCAAGUACAAUGUCCUCACCUUCCUGCCACGAUUCCUAUACUCUCAGUUCAGAAGAGCCGCCAACUCCUUCUUCCUCUUCAUCGCACUCCUACAGCAAAUCCCAGAUGUCUCUCCCACCGGCCGCUGGACCACCUUGGUCCCCCUCCUCUUCAUCCUGGUGGUGGCCGCCGUCAAAGAGAUCAUUGAGGACCUGAAACGGCAUAAUGCAGACAGUGUGGUCAAUAAGAAGGAAACCCAAGUGCUGAGGAACGGCGCCUGGGAAAUAGUGCACUGGGAAAAGGUGGCGGUAGGGGAGAUAGUCAAAGCAGCCAACGGGGAUCAUCUCCCGGCAGACCUCGUCAUCCUGUCAUCCAGUGAGCCGCAAGGAAUGUGUUACAUCGAAACCUCCAACCUGGAUGGAGAGACCAACCUUAAAAUCAGACAGGCCCUCCAGAUCACCACGGAGAUCAGAGACAUUGACAGCCUCAUGCGUCUGUCCGGCCGCAUGGAGUGUGAGAGCCCCAACAGGCACCUGUACGAGUUCGUUGGGAACAUCCGCUUGCACGGGCACAGCACUGUUCCCCUGGGCCCUGACCAGAUCCUCCUGAGAGGAGCUCAGCUUCGGAACACCCAGUGGGUGCACGGCAUUGUGGUCUACACCGGCCAUGACACCAAGCUCAUGCAGAACUCCACGCGGCCCCCUCUGAAGCUGUCCAAUGUGGAGCGCAUCACUAACUUCCAGAUCCUGGUGCUGUUCGGUUGCCUGCUGGCCAUCUCUCUGGUCUGCUCCAUUGGCCAGACCAUCUGGAAGUACCAGUACGGCAACAAUGCCUGGUACAUGGACCUCAACUCUCCAGAUGGCGGAGCUGCUAACUUUGGGCUCAACUUCCUCACCUUCAUCAUCCUCUUCAACAACCUCAUCCCCAUCAGCCUCCUGGUGACGCUGGAGGUCAUCAAGUUCGUCCAGGCCUUCUUCAUCAACUGGGACACCGACAUGCUGUAUGAGCCCACUAACACUCCAGCCAUGGCACGCACCUCCAACCUGAACGAGGAGCUGGGCCAGGUGAAAUACAUUUUUUCUGACAAAACGGGGACCUUGACCUGCAACGUGAUGCAGUUCAAGAAGUGCACCGUCGCCGGAGUUGCCUAUGGUCACUGUCCUGAGGGAGAGGACGGUAGUUUGGCUGAGGAGGACUGUCACAGCUCACACUCGUCUGAGGAGGCCGGAUUUAAUGACCCCAGCUUACUGGAGAAUCUCCAAAGCAAUCAUCCAACGGCUCCUGUUAUCCUGGAGUUCAUGACCAUGAUGGCCAUCUGUCACACCGCCGUCCCCGAGCGCACCGACGACAAGAUUGUCUACCAGGCAGCCUCGCCCGAUGAGGGGGCUUUGGUACGAGCUGCCCGAAACCUGGGCUUUGUGUUCUCCGGGAGAACCCCCAACAAUGUCAUUAUUGAAUCGUUGGGGGAAGAGGAGAAGUACGAGCUACUGAAUGUGUUGGAGUUUACCAGCACGAGAAAAAGAAUGUCUGUCAUCAUGCGCACUCCAACCGGUCGGAUCCGCCUCUACUGCAAAGGAGCCGACACGGUCAUCUACGAUCGCCUGGCCGACAGCUCCAGGUACAAGGACAUCACACUGAAACACCUGGAACAAUUCGCCACCGAGGGCCUGCGGACGCUGUGCUUUGCCGUGGCUGACAUCAGCGAGUCGUCGUACCAGCAUUGGCAGGAGGUGUACCAGCGUGCCUCCACCUCUCUGCAGAACCGGGCCCUGAAGCUGGAGGAGAGCUACGAGCUCAUCGAGAAGAAUCUGCAGCUACUGGGCGCCACGGCGAUUGAGGACAAGCUCCAGGACAAGGUGCCAGAGACCAUCGAGACGCUCAUGAAGGCCGACAUCAAAAUCUGGAUCCUGACCGGAGACAAACAGGAGACUGCCAUCAACAUCGGCCACUCCUGCAAGCUGCUGACCAAGAACAUGGGCCUGCUGGUGAUAAAUGAAGACACACUCGACGACACCAGAGAAACGCUGAGCCAUCACUGUGGCAUGCUGGGAGAUGCGCUGCACAAAGAGAACGACUUCGCCCUAAUCAUCGACGGCAAGACUCUCAAGUACGCCCUCACCUUUGGAGCGCGCCAGUACUUCCUGGACCUGGCACUGUCCUGCAAGGCUGUCAUAUGCUGCAGGGUGUCUCCACUGCAGAAGUCGGAGGUGGUGGAGAUGGUGAAGAAGCAGGUGCGCGUGAUCACGCUGGCCAUCGGGGACGGCGCCAACGACGUGGGCAUGAUCCAGACCGCCCACGUGGGCGUGGGCAUCUCGGGCAACGAGGGCCUGCAGGCCGCCAACUCCUCAGACUACUCCAUCGCACAGUUCAAGUACUUGAAGAACCUCCUGCUUGUCCACGGGGCCUGGAACUACAAUCGAGUGGCCAAGUGCAUCCUCUACUGCUUCUACAAGAACAUCGUCCUCUACAUCAUUGAGAUCUGGUUUGCUUUCGUCAACGGCUUCUCUGGGCAGAUCCUGUUUGAGCGCUGGUGUAUAGGCCUCUACAAUGUGAUCUUCACCGCUUUGCCCCCUCUGACUCUGGGCAUAUUCGAGCGAUCUUGCCGGAAGGAGAACAUGCUGAAGUAUCCCGAGCUAUAUGCAAUGGGCUUCAACACCAAGGUCUUCUGGGCCCAUUGUCUGAACGGCCUGUUCCACUCGGUCAUCCUCUUCUGGUUCCCCCUCAAAGCCUUCCAGCACGACACCGUCUUUGGGAACGGAAAGACUCCAGACUAUCUUCUCCUGGGGAACAUGGUUUAUACGUUCGUGGUGAUCACUGUGUGUCUGAAGGCUGGACUUGAGACUUCGUCCUGGACUACAUUCAGUCACAUAGCCAUCUGGGGGAGCAUUGCCCUCUGGAUAGUGUUCUUCGGCAUCUACUCCUCUCUGUGGCCGCUCAUUCCCCUGGCUCCGGACAUGUCGGGAGAGGCGGACAUGAUGUUCAGUUCAGGAGUCUUCUGGAUGGGGCUGAUCUUCAUCCCAAUCACCUCUCUGGUGUUCGACGUGGCCUACAAAGUAAUGAAGAAGGUGUGCUUUAAGACCUUGGUGGAUGAGGUUCAGGAGCUGGAGGCCCUGUCCAAGGACCCCGGGGCCGUGGUGCACGGCAAGAGUUUGACUGAGAGGGCUCAGCUCUUGAAGAAUGUCUUUAAGAAGAGCACAGUUAGUCUUUACCGCUCGGACUCCAUGCAGCAAAACCUACUCCACGGCUAUGCCUUCUCACAGGACGAGAACGGCGUGGUGUCCCAGUCGGAGGUGAUCCGGGCCUACGACACCACCAAGCAGCGGACCACCGAGUGGUGAGACUCGACCGCCACUGCCGCCGGCCGCCGGACAGUCCUCGGUCCUUUCCUCAUCCUCCACCCCGGAGCUGUUUUAGUGUGGGCAGAGCCCCUCUCGGGCACCCUGAUCCUGGAGGCCCACGCGAAGCCACGGGUGUGUGUGUGUGUGUGUGUGUUUGUUUGUUUGUUUGUGUGUGUGUGUGUGUGUGUGUGUGUGUGUGUGUGUGUGUGUGUGUGUGUGUGUGUGUGUGUUGCAAGUGUGUACUGUCUCAGACACACCAUCCAGGCCGCCGUGACGACACUGAAAAAAACAACAACAGCAGUGAAGGAGGGUAGAGAGCACACAGUUUGUUGAUUCUCUACGUCUUAGAAAAAAGGGAAAGAAAAAAAAAAUAAAUCAAGAGAAAAAAAAGAUAUGAAAAAAUAUAUAUAUUGUCUGAAGCUAUUCUUCACUUACGCCGUAGUUGUUUGUCCAGCAGAAAUGAUUACUGUGCUUGCAUUUUUUUUUGUUCUAUUGUGUUUUGCAGUUGUGUUUGUGGUCUGAAUCUCCUCCCCUCUACUGAUUGAAAAGGGGGAUGGCGUCUACUUUUUGAAAUUACUUGUCUCUUCUGAUCUUUACUUGAGUGUAAUGCCAAACUAUGUUGUCCAAAAUCGAUCAUCUUUUUAUUUUGUAUUUUUUAUUUUGGUGCCCAAUUGGGGAUGCUACACUACACACAAAUCCCCCCCAAAAACGUUUUGACUAAAAACAGGAAUUCACAUUUUUUUGACAGCGGAAAACUUUCAGACGUAGACAGCCAAAGAACAUAGUCCUGAAUCUCUAAAUGCAAUCCCGAUUUCCAACACAAAGACAGACAUGCGCUUUGAUAGCCUCAGCGCGUCCGGUCCAGCAUGCGUCUCUCUCUCUCGGCACUGAACAGAUCACUGCACUCCCAGUUUGUUUUUUGUUUUCUUUUCAUGUUCAAUUCUUGCACUCGAUGAUCUACUGUAUCAAAGCCUUACAUUUGUUGUUGCCUUCAGCCAUCAUUACUUUCAUUUGUUUAUGUAGUUUUGAUUUUUUUUUUUUUUUUUAUUAUUAUUAUAAGUUUGCUGGUAGAUGUUGUGCCUGUUGUUCUGUUUUGACAGCUUCUUGCAAAAGUCAGUCGUUUUCUGGCAUUUUUGUUUUUGUUUGUUUUGUUUUGUACAGCAUUAUUUUGAAAGCUCUUAACAAUUAACUUGCAUUCCAUGUGUUUCUCGGCUGCGACGAUCACAAAGGUGCCUAACUAGGAGUUUAGUUUUCCUUUUUCCCUGCUAAAGAAAGUAUUCCCAAUUUUACUCGUUCCUUCUCAUAUUCCGUGCUUCGCGCCACGGGACAAAGACGUCCUCUUGGUCCCCAAAGGGAACAUGAAGGGCCACAUCCCUUUUGUGAGGACACUCAAACACCUCUGCCCGGUCAUGUAACACAGGUGGGUGUCUGUCCAGUAGACAGACGGAAUGAACGUCUUUAUCCGCGUUAAUGUCGGCUUACGAGCAGCGACUUCCGUCUCAUUCCCGCUCUCUCCUUCAGAACGGAGAGUCAAUCCUAUAAAACAUAAGUGCCAUUAGCUCGAGGGAAAACAAAACGAAAGAAAACAAAAAAAAGAGAUAACCUGGAAAUUCACACAGUAUUGUUUAAAAGAAAUACUUUGUGUCAAUAGUUAUUUUGUGAAUUUGUAUUUUUAUAUUGGACAAGUAUGACUUUUCGGAUCGACCUGCUUUGUAACGAAUUGUCCUUUUUUCCAGACAAUGACAGUGGUGAAUGCGGUGCUUGUUGUUUUGUUUGUUUGUUUGUUUUUUUAGUUCCUGUAUGACUAAAAUGUCUGUAAUGUUGUUAAUAAUGCUUCUUAAUUUAUUUAUAGUCCAAUGGUUGUGCAUUUUUUGGUUUUCUUCUCCCUGUGGGAGAUCAGGUUGUAGAGCGAUUAUCCAACGGGUGUUGUCUGCAUGUGCAUGUCUGCGUGUUUAUUUGUGUGUGUGGGUGGGUGCGAGUGUGUGUGUGUGUGUGUGUGUGUGUGUGCGUGCGUGACAGAAUCGGUGUAUGUAUGAGGUCUUUAUUUUGUGAGCAUGAGCACAGUAUGUUAAUUGGACAAGAUUGUGUUUUGUUGAUACUGAGAGAAAUUAUCGAUUUUCUCUAACCUCCUUUUGAGCUUAUAAGAGCGUGUGUGUGUGUGUUCAUGUGUGCUGCUCGCUCUUUCAUCUGUCCGCACGACUUGGCAGGUGUAAUGAUGAACUACUGUUAAAUGCUGCAUGGCCGUGUGUGUGUGUCUGUGUGUGUGUGUGUGUGUGUGGUUAGAUCCUGUGUUCCAGCCUUUCUCCAUUUGGGGCUGGGUGUGAGGGAACCGUCGUCUGUACUGCUAGCUUGACAGAUGUUGCACAAUGCAUUGUUUUUAACUUUCCUGUAGUGGAUAAUUGUAUUAAUGGCCAUUUGGUUCUGCUAUUAUUUAUCUGGCUGUAUGUUUGAAUCCAGUUUUCCUUUCAUCUCUCUCUCUCUCUCUCUCUGUCUCUUUCUCUCUAACCUCUUUCAUGUGGUGUUCUUCUUUAAAAACAAACUCCAGAGUAUUUACUCUCUUGGUUUUCCUUUGGGAGGAUGUACAGUAAACAAAAAAAUAUAUACAUUUCAGGCUGUUGUUUUUUGAUGGGGCUUUUUUUCUGUUACUGUUGCUGGUCGUCAUCAGAUGUCACAAACUCUGAGCUCUGUUGUUGGUCUACUGAUGUGAAAGUUGUGGUGAAUGGCUUAGGACUGUUGUCUUUCUUUUCUUCUUGUUUAUUUUUUUUUUGUUUGUUUUUAACUCGUCAUCUGUGGAAGUUGUUUGGUGGUUGCAUGAAUGGAGAAUUAAAAAAACAAAAAAAAACGUUCAGUUUUCAAGUGUUUUAAACUGUACUUUGAUUCUCUCUCCCUCUCUCUUGUCUUGGUCACUUUAAAGAGGAAAAUGCACUUUUUCUAUUUGAAUCUACCCCCCCCCCCUCCUCCUUUCUUUUACGUCCUCUGUUUGAUGAUUGUUCAGCAUGUUGGGACUGCAAAAACUUUUAAGUGUUUCUGUCUUUUACUGCCAUAAAGGACUACUGAAAUAAACUUUACAACUGGAAAAUGGA